CCUGGCUAUGGGUGAGUUGAGGAGCUGCAAGCGCUCUAAGAGCACCGCGGCUCCUCUUAUCCCAUGGAGUAAGUAGGUGUUGAACAGCCAGUGACGACAGUCCAACAACAAGCUAUAGCAAAGCAGAACUGGACAAAGGCUGCAGAACUUCGUGCCGAAAGUGUACCUCAAGUUGAGGCGACAGAUUCGGUCCUAGUCUUCUAUUAGAACUUAUGAGGCUCAGCUACAGAUACCCCCUUGGUUCUAUUCCUUGCUAUCUACUAAACCCGCCCGCAUUCCAGCGCCCUAGGAACUCCCAUACAACACUCGGCCAUCACUCGAAGCGAAAGCGAAACCUGUGAGCUCCAGGUGUCUCUGCUCCGGCCAACCCAUGGCUAGCUGCGACGAAGUGAUCUUGAAAGUGGGCUCAAGGAGAAGGAGAAGAACAAACGCAAGAGACGGAGUAUAGCAUACAAUACAGCCGUCGCCGAUCCGCCCUUUGGUGCGAAAGAAAAAGGCGUUGGCCUCGCCAAAACAAACCAGGGCAGGACUUCAUAACCAGCCAGAAGAGAUCGUAGCCUUAUCGGCUAUUCCGCCUGUCCAAUAUCUGAUGCUAAAUGGUUUCAGUGACUCUCUGCCCAAGAAGGAGGACCUCUUCGCCGUACCGUCGAAGGCAAGCAAGACUCCAGUCUGGCAGUGUGGGCAACCUGGGUGUAAAUCCAGCGAUCGGAGGGAAAGGCCAACAAGAGCAUCCUAUAUCGAGAUCUACGCUGUCCCAAGUUGUUUGACACCAAAGGAUGUUUCUUGUGCAGUAUGGACCAUGGCACUCUCUCCUCCAAUAGCGAUUUCAAAGACACCGCCAUCGACGAGGCAUGUUGUGACAAGGAAACAAGCACUUUCAAACCGCAUUCAAAAGCACGAUAGCGCAGUCAUGAGGGCCACUGAAGUCUAUCCGGAGCAUGGCACUGACCCCUGACUCUUGCUCUUGUUGUAUGGUACUUUUGCCCAAGGUCACUUCGCACUAUGCCACCCUAUCGGAUACUGUCCGUCCGUUCACACUGCUGAUGAUGGGCACCUGUACCUGUUGCCUUGUCAAGUACCAGCGUGCGUAGGUAUGCUCCCGAGAGAUAUGCAGAGCAUCCUAACAGCGAGAGAGCCGAAUCAUACAUCUGAUUUAGAUUACUGGCCAGUCUCCA